AUGUCUUCCACGCCCCGCGCCAAACGGGGUGCGCUUGACUCUUUGGUGUCUAAAAUUACAAAGCGUCCACGGUCAAAUGUAACAACCCCAGAGCCCGCUUCAAGUUCCAAUAAUGCGACACAAACCUCAAACGCCUCGGGAGAAACGUCUCAAAUGCAAUCUGCCACCCCAGUCCCUCGUGAUAUGUCAACCACACCUCCGCCUGCAAUCGAGGAUAGUGUAAUACGAGGUCCGAGCUCGCCAUCUCUUCAUGGACCAACAUCUGUUGCGGGCCCUAGAACGCCAGCUUCUCAGAAAAAUACAGCAAACAGACCACGCUUACAACGUGUUGGCGCGGCGCUUAAAGACUUGAGUCAAAGUGCGGGUGUAUUUCCGCCACUUCAAGCCGUUAUCACCGACGUGAUAUCAUGUUUCGAGACACUCAAGAUAGACCCAGGGUACGAGUCGGAGUAUGAAGCACUCUUACAGGAGCUUCAGGCCUUGAGCGGUUCCUUAGCCUAUCAUGUGCCGAGGUCGAACUCUGCUCAUAUGUCGGACUGCAUAACUAGAAUGAAAAGGUCGAUCGAGAAACAAACGGAAGUGAUCAAGAAACGGCGAGAUCAGCCCAUAGAACGCAACAUGGACAAGGCCGAGCAAUACCAGAAGGAAGUCCUGGCGGCAUAUCGUGGGAUUGAGAGCGCCUUUCGCCAGCUACAGACCGAUGCGACCAUGGAUAUAUGGAGUAGUGUAGCGGAGCAGACUGCGAAUAGCCGCCUCGAUAAACUUUUUCCAUCCAGAUUAGCUGCACAUAACUCCACUCUCUCAACCGAGGUCGAUCGCCGAGCCUGUACCAAACACACACGAACCCAGAUCCUGUCCGAGCUUGACCAAUGGUCAGUCAAUCCUCAGAAGCCCAACAUAUACUGGAUGAACGGCAUGGCUGGCACAGGCAAGACCACCAUCGCAUAUACGUUUGCCGAGUCGCUCAAGUCACGAGGACUUCUUGGCGCGAGCUUUUUCUGCACGCGAACUUCCAGUGAGUGCAAGGACGUAGGACGAAUCAUACCAACGAUCACAUAUCAGCUUGCACUGUACUCCAUGAGCUUCCAAUCAGCGGUCGUGAAGGUACUGGGGAGCAAUCCUGACAUCGGGACCCGGGCUAUAACGGAACAAUGCGAGAGGCUGAUCAAAGAGCCGAUCAUGCAGGCAAAGGACGAUAUACCCGAUGGACUUGUGGUCGUGAUCGAUGCACUUGACGAAUGCAGCAACGCGAACGGGGUACGAAUGAUCCUAGACGUGCUUUUCAGGAUUGCUCCCAACUUGCCUCUCAAGUUCUUCGUCGCCAGUCGACCCGAGCCCAACAUCCGCCACAGGGUCGAGGCCCGAUCCGACCUGAGUCGGUCGAUAUGCGUGCUACAUGAGAUCGAGAGGUCGAUGGUAGAAGCAGACAUCGAGCUAUACCUUCGCGAACAGCUUGGAGACAGCGUCUCCGAGCACGAUUUGACCCAGCUUGCUAAGCUAUCCGGAAGGCUUUUCAUAUAUGCCGCCACCGCCAUUCGAUAUGUCCGACAGAUGGGUACCAUGGUCGACCCAGAUCGGCUCGAGGCCAUUCUCAGUUCGUCACCAAGCUCGGGCUAUGAGCACUCGGAUAUCGACGACCUGUAUACCACAAUCCUGGAGGCUGCAAUACGCCAAACUGGCCGAAACCCCCAUGAGCAGCAGCAGAUGCGACUGGUUCUCUGGACCGCAGUUUGCACGCGGGAGCCGGUGGACAUCGAUACACUAGCAGCCCUGACCGGAAUCAAGGCGACAAAGGCCAGUAUACUGCUUCAGCCUCUGUAUUCGGUGCUACACGUGUCGCAAACAACUAAGAUGAUCGCCACGCUGCAUGCAUCGUUCCCCGACUUUAUGUUUGAUGAGGCGCGGUCGACCAAGUUCUACUGCGACGAAGCAAAGCACAGUCAGCUGCUCGCCGAACGGUGCUUCGAGGUGAUGGAAGAACAGCUGCGAUUCAAUAUCUGUAGUCUGGAGACGUCGUUCAUACCGGAUAGCAAAGUGCAAGACCUAGAAGAUCGGAUAGCAAGGUCAAUCUCGCCAACGCUGUCAUACGUAGCGCACCACUGGGGAGACCAUGUAGUCAAGAGCGCGCCGUGUGAGGUAGUGCGGAAAGGGUUGGAAGAGCUCCUGUCAUACCGGCUGCUGUUCUGGAUGGAGGUGGUGAAUCUGAAGGGUGCGCUGGACAAAGGGACGAGCAUGCUGUUAGCGCUCAAGCCAUGGGUGACGGUCGAAGACACAUCAUCAUAUCUGAUGAAGCUGCUGAACGACUCGUGGAUCUUUGUGUCAAAGUAUGCUGCUGGAUCUGUUUCGCAGUCGACGCCGCAUAUAUACAUCUCGGCGUUGCCAUUUUGCCAUCCGACAAGCUUGGUAUACAAGCAGUACUGGGGUCGCACUCGAGAUCUUCUAAGCCUGGAAGGAUCUGCCAUGGAACAAAGUCAAACAGCGCUACUUGCGACAUGGCCGAUGGACUCGAGAGCAUUCUCGCUGGCAUUCUCUCCUGAUGGGUCUCGAUUUGCAAUUGGAUUUGAAGAUGGCACAGUACAUGUAGUUUAUACCCACAAUGGAACGGUUGCUCUUGGCCCCCUUGAGGGGCACACCAGGGAAGUCAACUCCGUAGCGUUCUCUCCCGAUGGACUGUUGCUUGUCUCUGGCUCUUAUGACGGUACAAUCCUUGUGCAAGACGCGCAGACGGGCAACUGCAUAUAUGACGUCAUCAAGGGGCAUGAAAGAGCAGUGACGUCAGUAUCGUUCUCACCCAACGGCAAGCACAUCCUCUCAGGGUCCUGGGACGGGACAACGCGGAUGUGGGACAGUGGCAACGGCAGUCUGAUACCCAACUCCAUCAAACGCCAUCCUAAUGAAGUCAACUGCACAGCAUUCUCUCCUGAUGGCAAGCAUAUCGCAUGUGGGUUGGGUAGCAAGAAGUCUCCUAUCGUUGUUUACGACGCAUCCACCAGCAAGUCGCUCCCAUUUCCAUUCGAUGCUCAUCAAUCCCCAGUCUUUUCAAUUGCCUUUUCGCCAAAUAGCAAGCACCUUGUCACUGGCCAUUCAUCCGGUGAACUGCGCGUCUGGACUCUACAGGAUGGCACCGCCACACACUCCCCACCAAAAGUACACAACGGCAGAAUCAGAUCCAUUGGGUUCUCGCCACUCGGAGACAAACUCGUCACUAGCUCUUGGGAUUGGUGCGUGUAUAUAUGGGAUGUAGAGAACGGCUACUCCAACCCUUGCCUACUUGGCACACACCACUUUGAUGUUAACUCCGCUGCGUUCUCACCCGACGGCACACGAGUCGCAUCAUGCUCAGACGAUCGCACGGUCAAGAUGUGGAAUGGACUGCACUCGACAUCAUCUCACUCCUCACACUCCAACGCACUAACCAAUGGUGUCUACUCGGUUGCGAUCUCGCCUGAUGGGUCACGCAUCGCCGCAGCGGGUGAAGACAAAGCGAUCUACAUGUUCAACGCACACGAUGGCACUGCCGCUCUCCAGCCACUUGUCGCACACACCGAUUGGAUCUUCUCGGUGGCGUUCUCACUCGACGGCAGGUACCUCGUUUCUGGCGGCGACGACAAAUGCAUAUGUCUGUGGGAUGCCACACGCGGCAAGCUGCUAUCCGGUCCACUUCGAGGGCAUGAAGAAAUGAUAUGGUCAGUGUCGUUCUCACCCGAUAGUGGGCACGUUGUUUCUGCCUCCAAGGACAAGACCAUACGCAUGUGGGAUGUGGAUGAUGGCACUCUGACACCUACAGACCUGGUCAGAACACACGACGACGAGGUCAACUCAGCGGCAUUCUCCCCCGACGGCAAGCAUGUUGUUUCUGGGUCUGACGGCGGGAAGAUCCGGAUGUGGGACUCGCAGACGCUAUCGCCCGUGUUUGAUCUGUUUGGGUUGCAGCAGCAUAAAGGGCCUAUCUGGUCGGUGAUAUUCUCGCCUGACGGCAGACUCAUUGCUUCCGGAUCCGAUGAUGGCGCUAUCUGCAUUUUUGACUCGCGCAGUGGCAAGUUGGCUCUCGGUCCUCUCAUGGUGCAUCAGGACCGGGUAAGGUCAAUUGUGUUCUCACCCGACGGCAAUCACAUCGUAUCUGGCUCGGCUGAUGGAAGCGUUGGAGUGUGGAGGGUGGAAGAUGGGGCUCCCGCAUGCAAUCCACUUGAAGGACAUCAAGAUAUGAUCAGCUCGGUGGCAUGUUCACCCGACGGUGCAUACAUCGUCUCAGGCUCGGAUGACUCGACGAUUCGAGUAUGGAAAGCACCAGGAAGGGGCGCUGCAUACGACUCAUCUCGAUUUGCCUCUUCGACCUCAGACCAGAGGGAGCCUCAUCGUGCGAUCUCCAGUGGACUGACGAUCGACAGUGGUGGGUGGGCGCGCAACCUUGACUUACAGCUAGUUUUCUGGGUUCCAUCAGAUAUGUUCGAGAUUUUCCCCUGCUCCGGAGAAGUAUGCAUCAUUGGCCCUCGAGGCAGCCUUCAAGUGGACUAUGACAAACCUUUGUUACUUGAUGACGAGUGGCACCAAUGUUUUGUUGGCUGA